AUGAGCAGUAAAGUAAUUCAGCUCUCUUCUGCCACCCAGAUUAAGGAACUGACUGGGAACAUCAGGAGCCAGUUCCCCUCCUCUUCCAGUCUUUCAUCCAUUCCCACCAGCUCUGACUCUGACACAUCCUACAGCAGCACGCCAUCGACGACAGGCAGUCAGCAUCCACAGCCGUGCGAGAACACAGCAGGGCCAUUAAGAAGUUACUGCAGUGGGUACAGAAGCGAACACGCAAAUAGUGUAGCAGUGCAGGACUUUAGUAAAAGCUGGAUCAGUGGUCUGGCUUUCCUGGCUGUUAUUAAGUCCAUUGACUCCAGCUUGGUAGAUAUGAGGAAAGCCCUAUUGAGAAGUUCCAGAGAAAAUCUAGAGGACGCCUUCAGAAUAGCCCACUACAGCCUGGGUAUACCGCGCCUUCUGGAACCUGAAGAUGUGUCUGUCAAUGCACCAGAUGAGCAGUCUAUUAUUACAUAUGUGUCUCAGUUUCUGGAGCACUUCCCUGGUAUCGAGGAGCCAGAGGAGCCCUGCCAGCUAAUUGAACGAAGUGUCUCUAUGGGCCGACUCAACUUCCGCGACAGCGACUCUGACCACAUGAGUAAAGGUACUCACCGAAGCAGAGUAAGGGAGCGGUCCUAUAUGUUUCAGAAGGACAGUGCCCAACCCCCACCCAAAAUCUUAAUUUCCUCUGUAUCAGAAGACAGAAGCAUGAUGCUACCUUCCUUCAGGGUGACAGCAACUCGAUCGUGGUCCAGCGAUGACAUUUUGACAGAUUCGCCCCUAACAGAUGACCCCAUAAAACCAGUGGAAGAAAUCUUAACCAACAAUGGUGACCCACAGCUGUCUUAUACUCACUCGCCCACCGGCUCAUCAGUACCCGAGUCUGUAAACACAGAGUCAGUAUUGGAUGACUCUGCAAUCAGCUCACCAGACUCUUGGGUGGAGAGUGAGCUUGCCGUGGCAGGGGAGAAGGAUGGCGAGAGCCAAAGUUGCUUGUGUGAUAUUGAAACAGCUUGGACGUGUACCGUGCGACCCCUGUGGAAGUAA